AUGAAACUCGCACGACCUUCCUUCAAUCCCGGGCGGACAAAAAAUAUCAUCCAUGGAGUGCAAGCAUUGUUGAUUUUUCUGGCGUGGGCCUUGACCAUCGCCGUUUUCACAAAGGGUGAUGGGAUUGAUGGACGAUCGGCCUGGUAUUGGGCCUUGUGUUGGUUCAGCAUUCCCGGUUUGAUCUAUCUCGUCGCAGUCCCCAUGUGGCCGCGCGCACGGCGCUUCGGAAAUGUUUACGCUUUCGCGACCGUCGAUUGCUUCUACGCUGUUUUGUGGUUCACCGCUUGGGUUUGUGUCGCUAGUUACGUUGCGCAGGGUAAAUCGGAGGGCAAGUCGGAUGAUGACAAGAAAAAGGACAAGGAUAGUGACAAGAAGACCGGAUGCGAUAACUGGAAGUACGGCAGCGCCAGCAAAUGCAAUGUCAGCACCGCCACGGUCAUCAUGGGGGUCGUUAUCUUCCUGCUCUUCAUCGUAACCGCCUUCAUGUCCUUCCGCAAUGUCAUGCACUUCCGUCGGACGGGCACUCUUCCCGAUGCGGUCUCCGACCCGACAUUCGCCGCGCAAAGCAAGGCCGCCUUCUCUUCCAACCCGCACGAAUUUGACGAGGAGGAGGAUGACUUCCGGUCUCGCGCCGGCAUGGGCUCUUCAGUUCGCGGCGACCGCGAUGAGGACUACGCUCUCCUCCAACAGAGCGAGGCGGAUGAGCUUAGAAAUCCAAACGAACGCUCUGCGAUGCACGGUAGCUACGACCCGACAGCAUCCAACACCGGCAGCAUGCCGCAAAGCGACAACCCCUACACCAGCUAUGGCGGUGCGUACGGACAGCACUACGGGCAGCCGUCCGAGUUCGGAUCCAACAUCAGCAGCAACUACGGACAGCCGUCAGAACUCGGAUCCCACGUCAGCGGCACCUACGGACGCUAA